AUGACUUUGGAACUGGGCCGUUGCCGUUAUGCAGCAUUUUGGAUGUGUCACAUUGGCGCUAAACUCAGCACACAUAAACUUUUGUUCUUUGGCUUUUUUGUAAAAUCACUGCACGGCGGACUUAACAUGAGCAAUAGUGGAAUUAAACCGCGCGCAGGCAGUAAAAUCGAAGAACAGAUUUCGGUACAGAUUAUGCAAAUUUUUAUAAGAAUUUCACUCUGGAUUACGCCAAUUUCGAAUAAGGAUGAAACAAUGCACCAAAAAAGCAAAAUCCGAGCAUCAACGAGCGGUACCACUAAGCAGCUACUUAUGCCAGGCACUCAACUUAGCAAGCAUUUCGAUGUUAUGCAUCUAAUCAGUGUUGGAGGCUUUGGACAGGUCCCGUUGUUACGCUCUGAAGCAUUUUGCCUUGAGGAGAUCAACUGUGCCGUAAGACAAAGUUACGCGAAAAUUGCUCACGUCCCAGUACCCAAUUAUUACGGAUAUGGUGAAACUGGAAGCUUGAAUCAAUAUUACAGUGAUGUGAAACCGGGCAAUUUUUGUAUUGGAUUACAAAUGCAAGGUCUACAGAGGCUUUAUUUGGUGGAUUUUGGGAUGGCUCGACACUUUGUAUCUCCGAGUGGCAUGCUGAAAAGUAGGCGUCAGUGCAGUUCAUUUCACGGCACCGUUCGCUACGCAUCCCUCACAACCCAUCGGCAUGAGGUGAGCCAUCCUACCACACUGAUAUUAUUCGCUCCAGAUUAAUU